UGGAAGUUGUUGAAACUUGGGCUUGGCUAUCAAGUCAUUGAAACUGGCAAGUGCAGUCAGCACAAUUAAGUCUGAGAGGGCAGGGCAGGACAAGUUAUAUGUAAGGCUGAGAGUCUUAGAUAGGAAAACAUCAGAUGAGGUGUACAAAGUUGGUAGUAUAGAUAACAGAAAUGCUAUCCCUUCAUGAUCCAACAGAUGAGUUGUCAGAGCACAUUCAGGAACUAUGUUCUUAUACAAGCCAUGAGCCUACCAAUACAGAUGAGUUGAUCCAAGGUUCUUCAAAGCGUUCGAGACAACUCACGUCAUUGAUUUGGAAGGAAUUUGAUAUAUUGUAUGUUGAACCAGAUGGUUCACAAAGAGCACAAUGUAAAUGGUGCAAGCGUGAUUAUGCAUGUGGUGGAACAACCGGAACAAGCAACUUAUGGCGUCAUCUUUCAAAUGGAGUAACAGCUUCUGAAGAUGAAGAAGAUAGAGAAAGACUGAGUAUUGACUUUGCACCUUUAGUUGCUAAACUUACUAACCUUCAUGUUGGCGGAUUCCAACAAUGAGCUGGAGGAGUUUUAUGCUAUGCUAUGCAGUUGUACGAAGCUUGUGCUUGUUAAGUAUCUUGAUAGAGUAGCUAGUUGUGGGAAUUCAAGUAGCUAUUGUUUAUUCUCG